CAGAUUUAUGAUGGUAUUCGUCAAAUUCUCUCGGUUCUGCAAAUGUUUGUGCUCGGACCACGCCUCAUCCUUAGCGUUCGACAAUACUACGCUAAGCUCGUGGACAAUUCUGAUGCAGGAGUGGACAUGAUUCCCAUGUCUUUCCAGCAGCGUACGCAUGUGUCAACUGGCAGUGGCAUGUAGCACUAGAAAUCCCGAUCGGCGCUUGUCGGUUGCCUUUCACGCAGUAAGGACUUCAUUUUAUGUACAUUUUCUUUUCAUUGUUCCCUCGCAAUCAACUCCUCAGUCCUUCGAUCGAAGACUCAUUCUGAGCACUUAUGUUCGUGUCCAGUUCCUAAUGGUCUACGCAGUUCCUUUCUCUUCCUGGACGUACACUAGUACUUAUCACAGAAGAGUCACUGUUGCACCGAAUACUAGUACCGGAACUUGUACGACACCAAAGCUGAUUGCGAACACUGGGGUAUCGUAACA